GAAGCAGAGGAUAAAUAGUAGCUUUGCCUCCCUGGCUCCUCUCUGCAUCGUCCCCACUUUCCCAACAACAUGCAUCUUGCCAGUUUGCUCAGCUCCUGCUCCCUCUUGCUGCUGUUGGGGCCCUUGCCUGGAUGGGCGGCCAAUGCUGAGCCCGUUAAGAAGGUCACUGAAGGGAUCAGCCAAGGGCUGAGCAAUGCAGAGAGAGAGGUGGGCAAGGCCUUGGAAGGCAUCAAUAAUGGAAUCCCUCAAGCUGGAAGGGAGAAAGUUUUUAAUGGACUCAACAGUGUGGGGAGCCAGGCCGGUAAGGAGCUGGACAAGGGCGUCCAGGGGCUCAACCACAGCCUGGACAAGGUAGCCCAUGGAAUCAACAAUGUCGCCGGACAAGCAGGAAAGGGAGCAGAGAAGUUUGUCCAUGGAGUCGACAAUGCUACUAGACAGGUUGGGAAGGAGGCAAACAAAGUGAUUCAGGGCGUCCACCAUGCCGGGAAAGAGGGAGAAAAAAUAGUCCAAGGGGUCCAUCAUGGAGUUAAUCAGACUGGAAAGGAGGUGGAAAAGUUUGGCCAGGGGGUCCACCAUGCUGCAGGGCAGGCUGGGAAAGAGGGAGGAAAAAUAGUCCAGGGGGUCCAUCAUGGAGUUAAUCAGACUGGAAAGGAGGUGGAAAAGUUUGGCCAGGGGGUCCACCAUGCUGCAGGGCAGGCUGGGAAAGAGGGAGAAAAAAUAGUCCAGGGGGUCCAUCAUGGAGUUAAUCAGACUGGAAAGGAGGUGGAAAAGUUUGGCCAGGGGGUCCACCAUGCUGCAGGGCAGGCUGGGAAAGAGGGAGAAAAAAUAGUCCAGGGGGUCCAUCAUGGAGUUAAUCAGGCUGGAAAGGAGAUGGGAAAGUUUGGCCAGGGCACCCACCAUGCUGCUGAACAGGCUGGAAAGGAGGCUGGCAAAGUGGUCCAAGGGGUCCACGAUGGGGUCAACCAGGCCGGAAAGGAGGCAGAGAAAUUUGGCCACGAGGUCAGCCACGCUGCUGGUCAGGCUGGAAAGGAAGUGGAGAAACUUGGCCAAGGUGUCCACCACGCUGCCGGCCAGGCCGGGAAGGAGGAGGACGGGUUGCAUCAGACUGUUCAUACUGGGACCAACGAAGCCGGCAAGGAAGCCAACAAGCUGCUGAAUGACAAUCAUCAAAACAGACUCACUGACCAGCCAAGAGUGGCUGCAACCACAACCAUAACGUCUGGAGCUUUGGUCAACAAGCCCUUCAUUGACCUUUCAGUUCUGUGGAAGACCGUCAUCAGCAUCAUUCCCUAAACUGAUGAACUGGCCUUGUUGAACAGACUGACAUUCCUGUUGUCAUAUCAGCUGAAAUGACCUGAAGGAGCCGGGGAGAAGUAGGAGGAUAGAUUUCUGGAGUCCCUUAAGGGGGCUGUACUGAGAUUUGUGGAUAAAUACAACACACUGUACUCUCA